UUUUACCCUUUAGGUUGAUUGACAAACAGAUUAUUUUGUCAAACGACUUCUAGAUGGAUAUGUCCAACCGAAGGGACCUGGGACAUGGAGGACAUAAAUGAGGAAGACAUUGAUGAAGAUGAUAUCCUGGCUAGCUUGUCUCCUGAGGAGCUUCAAGAACUCCAGAAAGAGAUGGAUGUUUUAGCUCCAGACGAGAGAGUACCGCUUGGUCAGAGACAGAAGAACCAGAAGAAAGAAAAGCCAUCUGCAGACUCUGAUGAUGAAGACAUCGAUGAAAAUGACAUCCUGGCAAACUUGUCUCCUGAGGAGCUGAAAGAGCUCCAGAAAGAGGUGGACGUUAUAGCCCCAGAUGAGAGGGUACCUGUGGGUCAGAGGCAGAAAAGCCAGACAGAGAAGGUUCGUUUGACCACAGGGGCCUGGUAGAUUAUCUGUACUGGGAGAAGGAGUCCAAACGCAUUCUGGAGGAGGAGAGGAUCCCCGUCACUACUGCCCAAUAAGAAAACCAUGGAAGAGGAUGCUGAAAAGAAAGAAAAUGCCGAACACAUGGAAAUUGUGUAUGAGGUGCAAGAAGAAGUCAUUGAGGUGGAAGCUACAGAUGGUGUUGAAGGAGAGGAAAUUAUAGUGGAGGAAGAGGAUGAGGAUAAAAAGGACCUAAACUAUGAAAGGGUCAUAGGAAAACAUGAACAUCCAGUGAAUAAACAUUUAAAUGAGUCAUUGGAUGACAAUAGCACAAACCCUGUAUACACUACCAGUCCCUUGCAGCCCCCUCCAGAGUUCACCAACAAGAAAGAGGAGAAAGAGACUGAGAGCAGAGAGCAAAAAAAGAGCACAUCACAAAUAACUGAGAAAGUAGAAAUGAACACCACAGACUCCUGAAGUAACAGAGAUGACUCCAGAGGAGAAGAGGGCCUGUUUUGUCCUGGAGAAAGAGGUGAGAGUAAUAAACAAGCUAAAAAUUCCAUCGCUGGCCCUUGGCGAGGGCCUAGGUGGCCUUGAUGGGACCAAGAAGACAUCAAGACCCUCAAGGAAUGAGACAAACCUGGACACCACCCUGGAUAAGAUCUGCAACAACAACCCCACUAUCACAGAUGUAAACCUGAACAACAUCGAAAACAUUCCCAAAGAAAUGCUUAUAGAAUACGUCAAUGCCUUGAAGAAGAACAAACACGUAAAAACCUUUAGCAUAGCCAACACCGGUGCAGACGAAAACAUUGCCUUCACCCUGGCCAUCAUGCUGAGAGAGAACCGUUUCAUCACCACACUGAACAUGUCUAAUUUCAUAACAGGGAAGGGCAUCAUCGCCAUUAUCCGCUGCCUACAGUUCAACGAGACGCUCACUGAGCUCCGCUUCCACAACCAGAGACACAUGCUGGGCCACCACGCGGAGAUGGAGGUGUCGCGCCUGCUCAAGGCCAACAAUACCCUACUGAAGAUGGGCUACCACUUUGAGCAGGCAGGGCCUAGGAUGGUGGUGACUAACCUACUGACCAGGAACCUGGACCGCCAGAGACAACAGAGGAACGAGGAGCAGAGCAAACAGCAGAAGCAGGAGCAGAAGGAGGUGUUUGAGAUGUAUGAACGGACUCUGAACCUGCCCCCGGGGCUGCUGGCGAUGCUUGGCUACGUCCCUCCCGAAAUCCCGCCCUCAUGCCGCAGCUGCCCAAGGGUCCACAGAGUCCCAUAGAACCCAAACCAGAGCCCUCCUCCCGAGUCAAGCAGUCCAACACUUCUCCACAGUAUCAACACAAGCAGAUUUACCACACUCCACAGUGCAACCCCAUUCCACAACAACCCCCCAGCAUGGACUCGUCUGGUAAAUCUCUAAGAGACAUCCAGCUGAAGAGGACCCCCAAAAAGCUUGACCCUUUUCUGGAUCUGGACCCAAGGGACGACAGGAGAGAAGAGAGGCUGAAUGUCCAGCCCAGGAAGACAACAGGAAAACAGAGGGGUACCAGCAUUGAUGAGAUGGUAGAACUGAAGGCCACUCUGAAAGAUGUGAUGAAGACAUUAAAGCCUGUUCCUCGAAGGCGGCAGCCACUCAAGGUGGAUGUGACACCCCAUGAUGAACUGCUUAACGAGAUCAAAAAGAGCAAUGUGGCCUAUCUCAAAGCCGUGAGUUCAACUGAUGAUUCUCAGAUUAGCACAGGGUCACUAACAGACACAUUGUUAUCGAACUUGAUCUGACCAGCCUUCACAGUGUUUAGUCAGACGUCAGAAGUUGUCUGAUUACUGCUUAAAACAUUUUUUUGUAAUAUAAACUCAGCAAAAAAAGAAACUUCCCUUUUUCAGGACCCUGUAUUUCAAAGAUAAUUCGUAAAGAUCCAAAUAACUUAACAGAUCUUCAUUGUAAAGGGUUUGAACACUGUUUCCCAUGCUUGUUCAAUGAACCAUAAACAAUUAAUGAACAUGCACCUGUGGAACGGACAUUAAGACAGACAGUAGACAGACAGCUUACAGACAGUAGGCAAUUAAGGUCACAGUUAUGAAGAUUUUGGACUAAAGAGGCCUUUCUACUGACUCUGAAAAACACCCAAAGAAAGAUGCCCAGGGUCCCUGCUCAUCUGCGUGAAUGUGCCCUGGGCAUGCUGCAAGGAGGCAUGAGGACUCUCUCUCUCUUUUCAACCUCUCUUUCGUGUCGUCUGAGAUUCCCAAAGAUUGGAAAGCAGCUGCGGUCAUCCCCCUCUUCAAAGGGGGGGACACUCUUGACCCAAACUGCUACAGACCUAUAUCUAUCCUAUCAUGCCUUUCUAAGGCCUUCGAAAGCCAAGUCAACAAACAGAUUACCGACCAUUUUGAAUCUCACCAUACCUUCUCUGCUAUGCAAUCUGGUUUCAGAGCUGGUCAUGGGUGCACCUCAGUCACGCUCAAGGUCCUAAACGAUAUCUUAACCGCCAUCGAUAAGAAACAUUACUGUGCAGCCGUAUUUAUUGAUCUGGCCAAGGCUUUCGACUCUGUCAAUCACCACAUCCUCAUCGGCAGACUCGACAGCCUUGGUUUCUCAAAUGAUUGCCUCGCCUGGUUCACCAACUACUUCUCUGAUAGAGUUCAGUGUGUCAAAUCCGAGGGUCUGCUGUCCGGACCUCUGGCAGUCUCUAUGGGGGUGCCACAGGGUUCAAUUCUUGGACCGACUCUCUUCUCUGUAUACAUCAAUGAUCAGCUCUUGCUGCUGGUGAGUCUCUGAUCCACCUCUACGCAGAUGACACCAUUCUGUAUACUUCCGGCCCUUCUUUGGACACUGUGUUAACAACCCUCCAGGCAAGCUUCAAUGCCAUACAACUCUCCUUCCGUGGCCUCCAAUUGCUCUUAAAUACAAGUAAAACUAAAUGCAUACUCUUCAACCGAUCGCUACCUGCACCUACCCGCCUGUCCAACAUCACUACUCUGGACGGCUCUGACUUAGAAUACGUGGACAACUACAAAUACUUAGGUGUCUGGUUAGACUGUAAACUCUCUUUCCAGACCCAUAUACUACCCACCAUUGCGACCUGUACGCUCUCGUUGGCUGGCCCUCGCUUCAUACUCGUCGCCAAACCCACUGGCUCCAUGUCAUCUACAAGACCCUGCUAGGUAAAGUCCCCCCUUAUCUCAGCUCGCUGGUCACCAUAGCAUCUCCCACCUGUAGCACACGCUCCAGCAGGUAUAUC